AUGGGGGCUGACUUCCUGAGCCUGCCGAACGAGCUGAUUCUGCACCUCGGGGAGAUGCUCUCGGACGGUGCCUUGAACAGUUUAAUCCUCACAAACCGGCGCUUUGCUGAACUUCUUAAUCCAGUAUUAUGGAAGAUCGCGAACAGAGACGACGAACCGGCGUUCUCGGAUCUCCCCUUUCCGUCGGAAACCAGUCUCAGCCAUGUGCUCGAUUUACUGAAAUACGCGAUUGCAGUUGACAACGUUCCCAUGGCGCAGAAGAUCCUGCGAUUAUGUGAACUCGACUACUCAGUCCAUCGCGACUUUAUGGACGAGGCGAUCAUCGGAGCGGUUGAACACGGCAAUCACCACUGGAUAGAGGUGCUCUUGGGCAAAGCCGAAGAACAGCACGACCAGAUGAAUACUGAGCAACUGGAUCAAGCAGUGCACAAAGCAAUUGACAGAGAGGACAUUGCGAUAAUCAAGCGGCUCCUGCAGCAUGGAAAAAUCACCAUCCGCUGCUGGGAGGUCGAGUGCCGCAAUCUAAUUCGAGCCAAGAAGGAUGAUCUGCUCCGGUUCUUCAUGGACCACGCCCAGCCUGUUCCAGAGCCGACGACAAGUCAUCUUUCGCCGCUCAUGAUCCCCGCGAUAUUGGCGAAACAUAUUCCCUCCUUGGAUGUCUUGCUGGAGCGAGGAGCCGAAUUGCACACCGACCCGUCGAGAUUCGAACAAGAACCUCUGCAUGUGGCCGUUCAUCUCGGCGACUACAGCGUGACAGCAUGGCUCCUGGACCACGGAGCUGACGUUAACGCGACGGAUCGUUACGUUCGUCAGACUGCAGCGCAUGUGGCUGCGCGGAACAAAGAUCUUCUACAGCUGCUCGUGAGUCGAGGCGCGGAUAUCCAUCGCCAGGACAGUCACGGAUUUCCGCCUUUAGCUCGAGCAGCCCAUGCCAAAACCCCAGACGCAUUCAACUACCUCGUGGAGGUCGACGGAACGCUGGAGCAGCCAGGUUUCUCGUUCCCAGCAGAGGAAAUUCCGUGGUGUGCGGGCGCAUUGCGCGACGCCCGCUGCCCUGAGAUCAUUACCUUCCUGCUGGAUCGAAUCGACGUACCGCAGUUCGGGGAGGAAGUUCUUCGCCGCAGCGCGGAAGGGUACAAUAUUCCACUGCUGCGGGAACUCUGUACCAGGGGCGUCUCGCUCGGAGCCCGCUUCCCGGACGGAGGGACGAUUCUGCAUUGCUAUGCUGGUCGGCAUGUAAAUUAUUAUUCGGAAGACGACACUCCUCUGGGACGAACGAUAGUUGACGCAGCGAAAUUCGUGCUUGACGCCCGUCCGGAAGGGAUCCACGAGGUGGAUAUGCGUGGACACACGCCGCUUCACUUCGCUGCCGCGGCGAGCUUUCGGCUCAUGGCGCAGACUCUGCUGGAGCGCGGUGCAUCCGCUACGGCCUUGAAUCAGAGGGGACAGACGCCGCUUGACAUGGCGCAGUAUAGUUUUCGAAGCGUGUAUGAGUUGAUCAAGUCGUAUGGGCCCGCUGAAGGGGAAGGGGGAGACGACAGAGAGGGAAAUCCCAUCCUCCUCCUCUCUCUUGCAGCCCUAUCUCAUCAGACCCCCCAUGCACCCACAGUCCUGGACCAUGUCAACCCCCGGAUCGGCACCUACGGCACAACCCCCAACGGCAACGGGGGCAUGAUCCCCUCGGUAGGUCCGCCCUUCGCCAUGACCCGCUGGACCCCGCAGACCCGCGAGAACUUCAUUUCCCAGGUGCCGUACGGCGACGCGGACCGGCUGCUGCAUGGGUUCCAGGCGACACAUCAGCCGGCCAUUUGGAUGGGCGAGGCUGGCGCCGUCGUCGUGACGCCUGGCCUGGGCGAGGUGCGUCCGCUUUUCGAAGACCGCGGGCUAGCAUUCCGCAAGGCAGAGGAAAAGGCAACCCCGUACGUUUAUGAGGUGCGGUUGGAUGCGACGCCGAGGCUGGGGCGCGACUGGAAUGCUACCGCCGAGGCGGUUGGGGAUGGGCCUGUUCCUGGGGGCGCAGGGGCUGUGCCAUCGGAUGUGUCUGAGGGUGCGAAUGGGCGCGUUCGCAGGGGUUUCUCGCAGAAAGUGAUGAGGGGAGUGGGGAGUUAUAGAGGUGGUGUUGAUGAGGGAGAAUCCUAUGGUAGGGGGACGAUUCAGGCUUCGAUGUCAGCAGAUGCACAUACCGGUCAUCUUAGGUUCGAUUUUGACCAGACUGAAAGUGAUGUGAAAGCCCAAGUACCGUGGAUCUUCAUCCAGGCUACUCGGCGCCAUUGGACAGGCGAAGUACAUAUCGACCCAGCUUUGCAGGAAAUCUCAGGCUACAAUCCUGAGCGGCAAGACUACCGUCUGGGCCCGGACAAUGCCGCAUCCUUUAGAGGAUACUUUGUCGCCCGCUUCUCGCAGCCCUUCGAAACGUAUGGGACCGCUGCUGGGAACCAGACCCUCGAUGGCGCCAGACAUCGGCAUGGUAGGUUUACCGGCGCCUAUGUGCGUUUCGCCCCGUCUACCACGCGAGUAGAAGUGCGUGUAGGAGUUUCCUACGUCAGUAUUGAACAAGCACGCGCGAACCUGGAUCUUGAAAUCCCAGACAAUCAGCCCUUCAGCGCAACAGUCCACAAAGUGAAGACGGCAUGGUUGGACAAACUCGACCGCAUACGCAUCGAGGGCAUCAACGCCACAGACGCUGAUCACGACCCGCGCACAAUCUUCUACACCGGCCUGUUCCAUGCGCUGCAGUAUCCCAGUGACUUCACCGAGCCGCUCCCCUCAGGAAACCGCGUCUACUAUUCGGGCUAUACCGACAGCGUGCAUACCGCACCCCCCAACGAUGCCUACUACCAGUCCUGGUCCAUCUGGGACACCUACCGCGCAGAGCAUUCCCUGCUGACGCUCUUCGCCCCCGAGCGGGUCAACAACAUGAUGCGCAGUCUGCUGCGGAUAUUCGACUGGUCUGGCUGGCUGCCCAUGUGGGCAAACGUGGUCGAAACAAACAUCAUGGUAUCCACGCACGCCGACGCGGUCCUCGCCAACGCAUUAACCCGCGGAUUCCACGGCUUCGACGUCUCCAAGGCCUGGAAAGCAGUCUACAAAGACGCCUAUACACCCCCAGACCGAGACACCGAGCUCCUCUAUUACGACCGAGAGCCGGAAACGCCCUACGAAGCGCGCGCCGGACUCACAACCUACGCGAAGCAAGGAUGGGUGGCAAACGACCGCUGGUCCGAGUCCGCGAGUCGGACACUGGACUACGCGUUUGACGAUUUUGCCUGUGCGGUGGUGGGCGAGCACGCGGGCGCCAGUCAGGACGCCAUCGCGGCGCUGUACGCCCGGAGCAAAAACUACGCGCACCUCUGGAACAACCAGACGCGGUUCAUGCAGGCGCGCAACGACAACGGGUCUUGGGCGGCCGAUACCAGCUGGGGGUGGACUGAGGGCGACGCCUGGGUGUACACGUUCAACGUGUUGCACGACGUCCCCGGGUUGGCCGCGUUGUUCGGGGGACGCGAUGCCCUCCGCGACAAGCUGGAUGCGCAUUUCCGCGGCGGACAUAACGAGCAUAGCAAUGAGCCCAGUCACCACGUGCCGUAUCUGUACUCCAUGUUGGGGUAUCCGGCUCGCGCAGCGGAGACUAUCCGCGCCAUUGCGUGGGAGAACUAUAACGCCACAAGCGGCGGGUUGAGCGGCAAUGAAGAUUUAGGCCAGAUGAGUGCUUGGUAUGUGUUUUCGGCGCUCGGGUUCUACCCGGUCAAUCCGGCGAGCGAUGAGUAUGUCGUUGGAUCGCCUUUUUUUGAGAGAGUAAAGAUCAGAUGGCCUGAUGGGGUGGCUUCUGGGGGCAAGCCUACAGGAGAGGAAAAGACGCUGGUGAUUACUGCGCCAGGAGCUCCUACUAAGCCGUAUAUUAGAAGUUUGAAGGUUGAUGGGAAGGAGAUAUCAAACCCGGUGUUGAGGCAUGGCGAUAUUGUGCGAGCUCGAAGGAUUGAGUUCGAGAUGAGCGAAAGGCCUACAUCUUGGGGGACACAUUGA